AUGAUUAGUCUAAUACUUCUAUUAAUUACACUCUCAUUUGGAAAGAAAUGUAAUGAAUACAAUGAAUAUAUCUCAGUUGUAGAUACUGUUGAUAGUGUAUUUGAAUGUAUUGAUGAAUUAAUAAUUUCAGAAGAUAAUAAAAAAUCAGUGAUUAAUGAUUUGAAAAGGAAUUUAGAAUCAUAUGUAUACAAAGACAUAUUGAAGAAUCCACCAACUGGUUCAUAUUAUUAUGAAAAAGUAGAUAUUGAUGAUGGAUUAAAUAAAAUAAAUAUGGCUAGUGGAAGUGUAUAUGAAUUUUAUUCACAGAUUCAAAAUUUAUUUAUUUCGGCAAAAGACCCUUUAUUAUCUCUUUCAAUAAAACAAAAUCAUGGUUCAUAUAGAAAUUAUAUUGCUUAUUUUUAUUAUUUCCUUCCUUUUAAUAUUAUGAUAGAUAAAGAAAAACAUAUGUAUCUUAUUCCUAAAUAUUAUUAUAAAAAUGUAAAGAUUGAUAUUCCAACAGAAAUAGAAAAUAAUAAAGAUAUUUAUGUUAAAUCAAUAAAUGGAAAUGAUCCAUUUGAAAUUAUUAGAGAAUUUGGAAACAAAUAUAGUUCAUUUAAAUCUCCUCAUGCACAAUUUACAAAUUCUAAAUCUUCUAUUCUUGAUAAUUCAUUUACUCAAGGAAAUUUACUUUUAUUACCUUUAUCAAAUCAUUACUUAAAUACACCUAUAACAAUUACAUGGGAAAAUGAUGAAAGUGUUGAUGUUCAUUAUAAUUUAUUAAAAUUAUCAAAUUAUCAAUGUAUAAAUCAAGAAGAUAAAAUCAUUCUAUCAUCAAAUGAAAAUUAUACAAAUAUAAAUAAUAAGAGAAAUGAAUAUGGUGAUAAAUAUGAUAAUAUUUAUUGUAAAGUAUCUAAUAAUAAUAUUAAUACUCUUGUUAUUAAAGGAUAUGAUAUUAAUAAAGACUUAUACUUACUUCAAAAAUGUAUAGAAUUAUUUGAUUCAAAUGAAUAUCCAAUUCAAGUUAUUCUUCCAGAAAAUAAAGAUGGAAGUGAAGAAUUAGGAAUAUGGAUUCAAAAAUUAUUAACACCAAACUAUGAUGCAAAUUUACUUUCAUCAGCAAGGGAAUCUGAUAAUACACUUUCAAUAUUAAAAAAAGGAUAUAUGGAAUAUUUUGUUGACCCAAAAACAUGUGAGAAAAGAGGAGUUUAUGGUGAUGAAGGAAUAGAAAUAGAAGAUUGUAUGCGUAGAAGCACUGAAAAAGAUGAUGCAUGGGUAUUAUAUAGGUAUUGUAUUAAAAGACAGAGAAGAUGGUAUACAAAACCAAAAACUAUUAAAUAUGGUGAUAUUAAACAUAAAAUUACACAAAUAUCAGAAUAUGUUUCAGAACCACCAAUUCAACCAUUAAAACAUCAAAGAAAACCAACAAAAAUAAUAAUUUAUACAUAUUCAUUUUGUUAUUCUACUUGUUCGUUUAUAACAAAAGGAUUAAAAGAAUGGGGAGGAGCUAUUAUUGUUGGAUUUGAUGGUGAUCCUAAUGGUAAAGAUGAAGAAAUUGAAGUAGGACAAGCACCAUCAAAUAGAAUGAUGAAUAUAAUUACAGAAAAACAAUAUGAUUACAAACCAUUAGAAUUUUCACUUAGUUAUAGUAUUUUAGAAACAUUUAAACAUAAUUAUAAAUAUAAUGAAAAUAUUCCUAGAGAAUUUAUAAAAGAUGUAAUAGAUGAAAGAGUGAAUAUAUAUCCAUAUGUUAUAGGAGAUGAAAUAAUAGAAGAAUUUGAAGAAGAAACAAAGAAAAUAGUAGAGAAAUAUCAAACAAAAUGUAAUCCAAAUAAUAAAAGAUUAGUUAAAAUAGAUAAUAAAUGUGAUAAAGAAAUUAAUAUAAAACAUGGGCAUGGAGGAUAUGAAUGUGGAGAUAAUGGAGAAUGGAGUACAAAAUGUGUACUAGCUUAUUGUGACUCAGGAUACAAGUUUGAUUAUAAUAAAAAUAAAUGUGUUAAAGGAAUUUGUGCAUAUCCAAGUAGUGGAAAUAGAACAAUGAUAAUAAAUCUAGUUAUGGUUAUUGUUGGAUUAAUGAUGAUAAUUCUUUAA